AUUUUAGCAAUUAGAUAUUUGUUGGCAAUAACUUGAGCCGUGGUGCACAAUGCGCCCUUAAGGCGCACAGAAGGGCCCCCCGUCCUUUCCAAAACGAGUGAGACCGUGCAGCUUUUCCACCAGAGACUUCGGGAAGCGGAGAAGAGCGAGUUCGGCUGAGUGAGUGACUCGUUGAGUUGGUGGAACAAGAAGAAGAUGGAGCGCGAGCCAACUCGGAUAAUGGUUGCAGUGAACGAGUCGACGAUCAAAGGAUAUCCAAACGCGUCGAUAAGCAGCAGAGGAGCAUUCGAGUGGACUCUCCAGAAGAUCGUUCGCUCCAAUACUUCUGGCUUCAAGCUGAUCUUCCUUCACGUCCAAGUCCCUGACGAAGACGGUUUUGAUGACACUGAUAGCAUUUAUGCCUCACCUGAUGAUUUUAAAAUCAUGGAGCGCAAGGACAGGGCAAGAGGGCUUCAUCUACUGGAGUACUUUGUCACUAGAUGUCAUGAAAUUGGGGUUUCAUGUGAGGCAUGGAUCAAGCAAGGUGAUCCAAAGGAAGUAAUCUGCCAUGAGGUGAAGCGAGUCCAGCCCGAUUUUCUGGUUGUGGGAAGCCGCGGUCUUGGCCCGUUCCAGAGGGUUUUUGUGGGAACUGUGAGCGAAUUUUGCGUGAAGCAUGCUGAAUGCCCGGUGCUCACAAUCAAACGCAGUGCAGAUGAGGCUCCUCAGGACCCUGUUGAUGACUGAUUGCCCUCUGAAAUGUUUUUGAUUUUGUUUCAUUCUGUUAAUAGGCUUGUGACACUAGCAUGGCUGCAUGAGCAUCUCUUGUUAAAUACUUGUAUGAGUUGUUUUUUCCAAAAUAGUCAUAUGGAGAAGCUUUGUUCUUUGUGAU